CAGCUACAACGUUAACGGUCUCAUCCGCCUCGUUCCUUCUUUCCCUGCUACAUCCAUCGUCUUCUCUGCUUCUGCCAGAGCAUACCUUUCCUUUCGUUUCUACCCCAUUUCUUCUUACUUUUCUUUAGCAGGGUAGUUCGUUAACAAAGCGCUCAUCAUGAGCCGCCAAGCGUCUGGCAUGUCCGUCCACCAGAGGCUCGAGGCCGCCAGCGACCUCUCGGGCUUGUCUCCCAUAUCAGAUGAUCUCAUAGUCUCAUGUCUUCGUGAGCGGUUCAUGUCUGAGUCCAUCUAUACCAACAUUGGUUCCAAUUCCCUCGUCGCCGUAAACCCCCACAAGUAUGUCUCCUCCAAUGCAGACUCUGUCCUCCAAAAAUACGCUUCAGACUAUCGUGACACUUCGGAAAACAAGUCUCCAAUACCUCCUCACAUUUUUCAGCUCGCAAAUAAUGCCUAUUACCACAUGAGACGAACUACCCAGGACCAGUCUAUUAUCAUCAGCGGUGAGACAGGCAGUGGAAAGUCAGAGAAUCGCAGACUCGCCAUAAAGACCCUUCUCGAGCUUUCAGUUUCCAAUCCAGGAAAGAAAGGCUCCAAACUCGCUAUUCAACUGCCCGCCGCAGAGUUUGUCAUCGAGUCCUUCGGUAACGCCCGCACUUUGUUCAAUCCGAAUGCUUCUCGCUUCGGGAAAUACACAGAGUUGCAGUUCACUGACCGUGGCCGCCUCUCCGGUGUCAAGACCCUCGACUAUUAUCUCGAGCGCAACCGUGUCUCAUCUGUGCCUUCCGGAGAGCGCAACUUCCAUAUUUUCUACUACCUCGUGGCAGGUGCAACUUCGGAAGAGCGCCAGCACCUCCACCUCUUGGACAAAACCCAAUACCGCUACCUCGGUCAGCGUGGAGCAGUCCCAGCGCGCCAAAACGGCGUUCGGGACGAUGAUGCAAACCGCUUUGAGCAGCUCAAAGUUGCACUCAAGUCAAUCGGUUUGUCCAAGCGCCACGUCGCUCAGACAUGCCAGCUUCUCGCUGCCAUCCUCCACCUUGGCAACCUGGAGUUCACCGUUGACCGUGGUCGUGACGUUGACGCCGCUGUCGUGCGCAACACAGAUGUCCUUGCCAUCGUUGCCGAGUUUUUGGGUGUCCAAACCAGUGCUUUGGAGGGCGCAAUGUCCUACAAGACCAAGCUUAUGAAGAAGGAGCUCUGCACCGUCUUCCUUGACCCUGAUGGUGCAUCUGACAACCGAGAUGACCUUGCAAAAACCCUGUAUUCCCUUCUCUUUGCAUGGUUGAACGAGCACAUCAAUCAGCGGCUGUGCCGCGAGGACUUUGACACCUUCAUUGGUCUUUUCGAUCUCCCUGGACCACAGAACAUGACCAGCCGUCCCAACUCUCUUGAUCAGUUCUGCGUCAACUUUGCCAACGAGCGCCUCCAAAACUUUGUCCAGAGACGUAUCUUCGAGGCUCACGUUGAUGAAUACCAGAAUGAGGGUAUCUCACGCUUCGUUCCCACAGUCCCCUACUUCGACAAUACCGAGUGCGUGCGGCUACUUCAAAACAAGCCGGGUGGUCUUAUCCACAUCAUGGAUGACCAGGCUCGUCGCUCGCACAAGAAGACUGACCAUUCGAUGGUGGAAGCCUUUGGCAAGCGUUGGGGCAACCACUCGUCGUUCAAAGUCGGUGCUAUCGAUCGCUCUGGUUUCCCCACAUUCACCGUCAAUCAUUUCAACUGGCCCCGGUGCUGGGUCGAUGAACCCCUUCGUCAAAGGCCUCUUCUCGGGCAAGGCUAUCGCCACACAAGCACACCCCAAGAACGAAGACACCAUCGGCACAAUCAAACGCCUUGCCCUACGCUGCGUGAGGGCGGUAUCGAAGAGCAAGAUCGGGAUGAUGACGACAUCACCGCUGCCGCCAGCAACGGCACACCCUGCGUCGCAGGCGAAUUCCGUUCCGCACUCGAUACCCUCUUCGAUACCCUAGCAGACACGCAGACCUGGUACGUAUUCUGCAUCAACCCGAAUGACUCGCAGCUGCCCAAUCAGCUCGAGGGCCGUUCCGUCAAGGGUCAAGUGCGCAGUCUGGGUUUGACAGAGAUUGCUAAGCGGAAUGUGAAUGUGUUUGAAGUGGGGAUGACGCCGGAGGAGUUUUGUCAGAGGUAUAGGGAUCCAAUGUUGGCUUUGGGUGUUUCGGAGGGAAGUCCGAGGGAGCGUGUUGAGCAGACGAGGACCGCGCUGACUUUGAGGGAGCGGGAUGUUGUUCUUGGGCAGUACAAGGUGUUCAUGUCACAAGCGGCGUUCCACUCGCUCGAGGACCGUAUUCGUGCGUCGGACGUUGAGGAGCAGAAGCGCAACCGUAUUCGCGAUGCUGAGGCAGAGGCUGGACUUGAUGUCCGUGGCUUCGGCGAUCCAUAUGCUCCUUACUCUUCGCCCGGCGCUAAUAACGGUGAAGAGUCGCCGUUCGUCAAUGCCUUCUCGGACCCUGCUCUCCCUCUUGUCUCCAACGCCUCUCCCUUCCAGCGCGCUGACCUUUAUGAUGACGAGUACGACGAGCGCAAGUCUUUCCGCAGCGACGACUUUGACAACCGUAGCCGCCUCACGAGCAACCGCGACGACUCGAACUCCAACUACGGCACUGAAUCCUAUGCGCCCUCUCGCAACAUGUUCCAGAACGCCGACAAGGAAGGUCUCAUGGUGAAAGAAGCGCUUCCUGGUGAGAUCGGCGACAGCGAGACGACAGAAAUAGUCAAGGAAACUUCCGCGCGUCGUCGUUGGGUCGCGGUGUGUUGGGGCCUAACGUGGUGGAUGCCUUCCCUCCUCCUUCGAUGGGUCGGCCGAAUGAAGCGCGAGGAUGUCCGACAAGCAUGGAGAGAAAAGCUCGCUAUCAAUUUCAUCAUCUGGUUCUUCUGUGCAUGCGCUGUUUUCGUCAUCGUCUUUCUUGGCGAGGUCAUUUGCCCCACGGAGCACGUUUUCAGCACGUCUGAAUUGGCGUCUCAUUCAUAUACGUCUUCGCCGAAUAAUGUGUAUACGUCGGUGAGGGGCGAGGUGUUUGAUCUUACGACUGUUGCGGCGACGCAUCAGCGCGUUGUUAGUGUUGUGCCUAUCAAGAAUAUCCUUCAGACGUAUGGGGGCACUGCUUCGGACAAGAUCUUCCCUGUUCAGGUCUCUGCGUUGUGUAAUGGUGUGAGCGGCACAGUCAGCCCCUACGUUACACUCAACUCUGCCAACGACACCGACCCGAACGCCGCGUAUCACGACUUCCGCGCGUUCACCAACGACUCCCGUCCAGAUUGGUACUUUGAGAGCAUGACCGUCAUGCGAUGGAACAACCGCGUCGGAUAUAUGGGUUACACGCCAGCGGAGAUCAGCACCAUGGCCAACACUGGUUCUUCGCUCGGUAUCUACAACGGUCUGAUCUACGACCUCACGAGCUACGUCAACUACGGCCCAGCCGUUCAACCUCCGUCUGGCCAGCAACUUCCAGGAACCAUCGACGAUCAAUUCAUGGACUCGAGCGUCGUCGGCCUUUUCAAGUACAACUCUGGACAAGACCUGACCAAGCAAUUCGAUGCUCUCCCUCUCGAUUCUGCAACUCUAGAUCGUCAACGGACCUGUCUUCGCAACUUGUUUUUGAUCGGUAUGGUGGACAACCGUAAUUCGCCGCAGUGCCAAUUUGCAGAGGGUAUCCUACUCGCGCUUUCUAUAUUGAUGGUCAGCAUCAUCGGGUUCAAGUUCAUCGCUUCCAUCAACUUUGCGGCUCCUCGUGCGCCUGAAGACCACGACAAGUUUGUCAUCUGCCAGGUUCCUUGUUAUACCGAAGGCGAGACUUCUUUGAAGCGGACCAUCGAUUCGCUUGCGCAGCUCAAGUACGAUGACAAGCGAAAGCUUAUCCUUGUCAUUUGUGAUGGGAAUAUUGUGGGUUCUGGGAACGACCGUCCCACGCCGCGCAUUGUGCUUGAUAUCCUGGGAGCUGAUCCUAAUCUCGACCCUGAGCCGCUUAGUUUCGUCUCCUUGGGCGAGGGCGCGAGGCAGCAUAAUAUGGGCAAGGUCUAUUCGGGUCUCUACGAGUGCGCUGGGCACGUCGUUCCUUAUUUGGUUGUUGUGAAGAUCGGAAAGCCGUCUGAGCGUUCGCGCCCUGGGAAUCGUGGAAAGCGUGAUUCGCAGAUGGUGAUCAUGCAUUUCUUGAACAAGGUUCACUUCAGUACGCCUAUGAACCCGCUCGAACUGGAGAUGUUCCAUCAGAUCAAGAAUGUGAUUGGUGUCAACCCGACUUUCUUCGAGUACUUGUUUACGGUCGAUGCUGAUACGACGGUGGAGCCUUAUUCUGUUAACCGGUUGAUCUCUGCGUGUAUUCAUGACAAGAAGGUGCUUGGUGUUUGUGGUGAGACUGAGCUUUCGAACGCGAAGCAGUCGAUUAUCACGAUGAUGCAGGUUUACGAGUACUUCAUUUCGCAUCACAUGGCUAAGGCUUUCGAGAGUUUGUUUGGAUCCGUUACUUGUUUACCGGGUUGUUUCACGCUCUAUCGUUUGCGGACGCCCGAUACCCACAAGCCCCUGUUGAUAUCCAACCAGAUGGUCCAGGACUACUCGCAGAACCGUGUCGAUACCCUGCACAUGAAGAACCUGCUGCACCUCGGAGAAGAUCGAUACCUUACCACGCUCCUCCUGAAGCACUUCCCGAUGCACAAGACCCAAUUCGUUCGCGACGCCCAUGCGUUCACCGUGGCACCUGAUGACUGGAAGAUUCUACUCUCUCAACGUCGUCGUUGGAUCAACUCGACGGUUCAUAACCUGGGAGAGCUGAUGUUCUUGGAGCAGCUUUGUGGUUUCUGUUGUUUCUCGAUGCGGUUUGUUGUCAUGAUCGAUUUGGUUUCGACUAUUAUCCAGCCUAUCACUGUCGGUUACAUCGUGUACCUUAUUGUGGAGGUCACCACCAACCAGGAGACCCUUCCUAUCAUCUCGCUUGUCAUGAUCGGCGCUGUGUAUGGUUUGCAAGCCCUCGUGUUUAUUCUCCGGCGCAAGUGGGACAUGGUUGGAUGGAUGUUCUUCUACAUCCUGGCUAUCCCGAUCUUCUCUCUCAUGCUCCCGCUCUAUUCAUUCUGGCGCAUGGAUGACUUCUCCUGGGGUGCUACCCGUGUCGUGUUGGGUGAAUCUGGGAAGAAGAUCAUCGUUCAUGACGAAGGCAAGUUCGAUCCGCGUGCGAUUCCUCUCAAGUCUUGGAAUGAUUAUGAGAACGAGCUUUGGGACAAGGAGUCGAACCACAGCAUCGGCUCGUGGGUACCUCCCCCUCAAUUCAACAAGGAAGGAUACGCCGCAUCAGCCACUGCAUCCCUGUACGGCCGCGAGACCUACUACGAGCCACGCAGCCAUUCGCCUGCACCAUCACAAUUCGGCAUGAUGCCACCCCCUGGAUAUCAAUCAGGUCGCAACACGCCAAUGUCACAAUUGCGGCCCAUGAGCGACGUUGGAAUGAUGUACCAGCCCAUGCCGUCGCGGCCGCCAACAAACUAUCUUGACAUGCCCAUGCCGCCCACGCGCAGUCAUGAGGAAUUGUCGUCGGGUGCUCCUACGGAUGCUGAGCUUGAUCAUGCCGUCCAUGAGAUCCUCCGCACUGCUGAUCUCAACUCUGUGACCAAGCGAGAAAUACGGCGCCAGCUCGAAGAACGGUUCGGGAUGGACUUGACCUCACGAAAGGGGACGAUCAACGCCGCGAUUGACCGGGUGUUGCUUAGCCAAGCAUGAAAUAGGACUGUGGUAUUUAGACACGGGACGGACAGAAGGACUCAUACGCAGUACCAGAACGCGAACAGAACGCUAUGUUUCGAUGGUGGAUCUAAUUACGAACCUAAACUUAUGUGACAGACAUGCCCUUGGGUCGACUUCUUUUCUUUUGACAUUUUUUUAAAUACCGUAGGACGUUCGUUACUGCUUUGCUAGUGGGGUUCUUUAUAUUCCAUUCCUUUCAUUGGACAUUGCAUUAUAUCAUGUGUUUUAGAUACGAAAUUGCGUAGAGAUGUCUUGGACACAAUAGCAAUCUGCAUCGAAGUGAUAUGUGCGGUUAAGCAGA